AGAUUCCAGCAUCGGGACAACUGCGCUGAACUGCGAUGCAAGCACAUGAGUUGUUUAGACACCUACGAAUGCCAGAACUUGGGGAUGUCAGACAGUACGUGCGCACCCUUCCGACAAAUACGCUGAUGGGCUUUGGUGCUUUCGCAGCUCUCACGACCUACUGGUAUGCAACAAGACCGAAAGCUCUAAAACCGCCAUGUGAUUUAGCAAUGCAGUCUGUGGAAGUAGAGGGUGGUGAGCAUGCUCGAAGGUCCUCUCUUCUUAACAGCGAUGAACUGUUGAUUUACUACUAUGAUGAUGUGAGAACAGUUUAUGAUAUCUUCCAAAGGGGUAUGCAAGUAUCAAAUAAUGGUCCAUGUCUAGGUGUUAGAAAACCAAACCAGCCGUAUGAGUGGAUCUCUUAUAAAGAGGUUUCAGACAGAGCUGAGUGUGUGGGCUCUGCAUUACUCCACCGAGGCUUCAAACCAUCUCAAGUUCAGUAUAUAGGAAUCUUCUCACAAAACAGACCUGAGUGGGUUAUCAUUGAACAGGGAUGUUAUGCGUUCUCCAUGGUGGUGGUGCCACUCUAUGAUACACUGGGAACUGAAGCAAUUACGUACAUUGUGAACAAAGCUGACUUGUCAUUGGUUUUCUGUGACAAACCUGACAAGGCCAAACUUCUGCUAACCAGUGUGGAAAAGGGUGAAACUCCAAUACUCAACACCAUUGUUAUCAUGGAGUCUUUUGGCAUGGAUCUUGUGGAACGUGGCAAAAAGUGUGGGGUGGAAGUCUUCAGCAUGAGAGAAAUAGAGGAGCUGGGAAGAGCACACAGGCAAAAACCUAUGCCUCCAAAGCCAGAAGAUCUAGCAGUCAUCUGUUUCACCAGUGGAACGACAGGAAACCCCAAAGGAGCUAUGAUCACUCAUCAAAACAUAGUCAGCAAUGCUUCAGCUUUUGUGAAAACCACAGAGAAAACAUUUAUGCCUUCCCCUGAUGACAUUCUGAUAUCAUUUCUGCCCUUGGCUCAUAUGUUUGAGAGAAUCGUUGAGUGUGUGGUUCUGUGCCAUGGAGCUCGGAUAGGAUUCUUUCAAGGGGACAUCAGACUGCUUAUGGAUGACCUAAAAACACUGCAGCCAACUGUAUUUCCUGUAGUACCAAGACUGUUGAACAGAAUGUUUGACAAGAUUUUUGGACAGGCAGAUACUUCAUUAAAGAGGUGGAUGCUGGAUUUUGCUUCCAAGAGGAAAGAAGCAGAACUCAGAAGUGGUAUAGUUAGAAAUAACAGUUUCUGGGAUAAAGUAAUCUUCCGCAAAAUACAGGCAAGUUUGGGAGGAAAAGUAAGGCUGAUGGUUACAGGGGCAGCACCUGUAUCUGCAAGUGUACUGACCUUCUUGAGAACAGCUCUUGGCUGUCAGUUCUAUGAAGGCUAUGGACAGACUGAAUGCACAGCUGGAUGCUCACUGUCACUGCCUGGUGACUGGACAGCGGGUCAUGUUGGAGCACCAAUGCCAUGCAGUAUCAUCAAGCUUGUUGAUGUACAAGAAAUGAAUUACUUGGCUGCCAAAGGAGAGGGUGAGGUGUGUGUAAAAGGGCCAAGUGUGUUUCGUGGCUAUUUGAAAGAUCCAGAAAAAACAGCAGAAGCUCUGGACAAAGAUGGCUGGCUUCAUACAGGAGAUAUUGGGAAAUGGCUACCGAAUGGUACGUUGAAGAUCAUUGACCGGAAAAAACACAUAUUUAAACUAGCCCAGGGAGAGUACAUAGCACCAGAGAAAAUAGAAAAUGUGUAUCUGAGAUGUGAAGCAGUCGCUCAGGUGUUUGUCCAUGGAGAGAGCUUGCAGGCCUUCUUAGUAGCUGUUGUGGUACCUGAUCCUGAGACUUUGCGCAACUGGGCCAAGAAAAAGGGAUUUGAAGGCUCGUAUGAAGAGCUAUGCAAAAACAAGGACCUCAAAAAACACAUUCUGGAAGACAUGGUGAGGAUUGGGAAAGAAUCUGGAUUGAAGUCAUUUGAACAGGUCAAAGACAUUGUCUUGCACACUGAAAUGUUUUCUAUUGAAAACGGCCUGCUGACACCAACACUGAAGGCGAAGAGACCAGAACUGCGAAAAUAUUUCCAGUCACAGAUAGAUGAACUCUAUGCUAAUGCCAAAAUGUAACUGGGGAUGGAAUGAGGAAAGUGGCACAUGUCUGUCUACUGUUGGCCUUGAUAUCUGUAAUUUGACUACAGCAAACAUAGGGAAGGAAACUGUGCAAUCAUUAACUUGUACUAAAAUGGGUACUUGCCAUAGGAACAUUGAAGAAAUGGAACACUGCCUUACUGUCAAGUUGUGUUGCAUACUGUUUUUAUGGUGACCUACAAUUUCCAAAAAAGAGCCUUAACUAUAAAUGGUAACUAUAUGUAAGUUAUUUAAGACUUCCUCGGCCAAAAAUGGGACUCUCCUUCAUCAAGGAGCUAAGGUUUUCUUAUUGCCAGCACGUUUGCUGUCUGCAGUGUAUUUUGCAGUUGUCAAUUCCACAAGGGGAUUUGGCAAGUUUGAAAUGCCUCUAAGCAUCUUGCACCCUCAGAAGGAUUACUUAAUCUCU